AUGGUUUGGGCGCGAAACUGGGUCCACCAUCGCCUCGCGCAGCUGCUCGGCCACCAGACAGCCUUCGCCCUGACGCGAUGGGGCAUCGGCAGGUCGGUGGCGACCCUGCUGGCGCGUGUAGGCACGCAGAAGAUCGCCCUCGGAGCUGUCGCCACAGGUGCAACAGGCCUCCACCUCCACCAAAACACCAAGGAGCGGCACACUCUGGGUGGCGACGUGCUGGCGUCGGGCCAGGAGGUGGAAUGGUUGAACGCGGCCAUCCGCCCCAUCUGGGAGCAUCUGAAUGCAGGUUUUCGCCGGCUCAUCGAAGAUGAGAUCCAGCCCGCAUUGCAGAAGCGUCUGGGUGUCGUUGGUAGCUACAUCUCCUUCACCAAGCUGUCCCUGGGUCAAUCUGCUCCUCGAUUUGGGCCUGUGCGCGUGACCCGGUCCAGCCAUGGCCUUGAAAUCAACGUGGGCUUCUGCUUGGAGGGCAACGGCUUGAUUGAGUUUUCCACAGGUGUUGCCUCCAUCCAGGUGAGCAACAUCACUGUGGAGGGCACCCUCAGGGUUGGCCUGCAUCCACUGGUCGACUCGCUGAAUCCGGUGGGAGGGAUCUCCGUCACCUGCCUGGACAGGCCGACAAUCGACUUGACCAUCAAAGCCGGGUCCGAGUUCAUCCCCAACCUGUACAACUUCGUACGUGACACGGUGGACGACGUGGUCGCCAGCCUGCUUGUGAUGCCGAACGUCAUCGCGAUACCGCUGGCGCGGCUGUGGGAAACCUUCGGUCCCGUCACGGACGCGUGCGCGAUCCGGCAUCCGGCACCCUUGGGCUACCUGCGGGUGCGCCUCGAGGGCGUUAGCUCCGCGGCCGCCUUGCCAAGCGGCCUCUACGUCGAGAUGAUGAUCGGCUGCAGCUCCUGGAAGAGCUCCGUGUGCCGGGCAAAGCAAGAUCCCAACCACGCGGAAUGGCCUGAAGACGCUGCCGAGGACUUCGCUGUGCAUUCCCACGACCAGUCCAUCCGGCUGCGACUUUACUCUAGCUCCAGCUUUGGGGCAGUGCUUCUGGGGACCGCGCGCGUUUUCAUCCACGACUUGGCAGCUGGCCGAGUUGAGGUGCCUCUGAUGGACGCUGGGACCGAGGACGCAGCCGAGACUCGCUCUGUUGAGCUUGAACUCCUUUGGUCCCCGGUCCGGGAGGAGCCACCGGCCAAAGCUUCCGUGCGCCCACGCCUCGCAGGUGCUCCGCCGGCGGAGGGCUUCGUCUUGGCCUCCAUCCACUUGCACCGCGUGUCGAAUGUGCAGUCGGACAGGAAGCACAAAGUCCAUGUGAAGCUCGGCGCCGCCGACUACUUCUCGGAGGUGGGUUCCGCGCCCCCGGAGUUGGUGCAUCAGAUUGCGGAUGACGUGCUACUAGAGCUGGCGCUGAAACUCUGUGGAAAGUUGCCGCUGGCGGACUUUUCGGAUGCUCUCGGGGUCUCAGUCGACCACGCGCGCGACUUCGCCCGAGAGGUCGAGCGCCGUCGCCGCAGCGGCGCCGCUGGGACGGCGAGUGGUGGUCAUCUAAACGGGAGCUGGCAAAGUCCGGCCUUGAAGGCUUGGGCUGCCGUGGUCAUGGUCAUGACACCACGCGUAGUCGGAGGGGCGCAGCAAGAAUGGCAAACAGCUGGGAUCGCGGCUGGUGUGAGCGUGCAAGGUCCAGACUUCAACGAGAAGGUGUUUCGGGUGUGCCAUCUGCGGGCCAAGCCGAGCGACCCGCUGAUGAUCGAGCUUGUGGGAGAAGACGGCUCAAGUACGGCGCGUUUCGAUGCCGAUCUCGGCUCAGUGGUCCAGCAAGGCGGCUUCUUGGAGGGGCCGUUUCAACUCCGAUCGCCCGACGGCAUGGAGUGUACACUCCAUGGGCACAUCCGGCUCCGACGCCUCGAGGCCCCUGUCCGUCGUGACCGGGUGCAGGACUUCUCGGGCAAAGCCGUGCUAGGGCAAGAAAAGCCGGCAUUUUUCCCUCCCCCCCCCCGCCCCGAAAACACCGAAGACCCUGAAGGUUACAUCUCUAAUUGCAACGAGGCUUUCCGAAGAGUGAUAACCCGAAACCCUAAACCCUGA